AUGGAUCUUAAAGAAGAUUUAGGGGGGUUAGAUGUUAAUUCUCGUGACGUUUGGGAGAUCGAACCUUCUAAAGAUGAAAAAUUUAGUUCAAAUUUCGAAGAUAAAAGAGAUAUUGAUCAUGUCUUACAAGUAAAGACACCAACUGUGUUGGAGACUUCAAAAUUAAUAGAAGAAGCUUCUAUUAACUCUAAAAAUGGUGCAUUGGGCAAAAAAAAAACAUUAAAAGAUCACAAACCUUUAAGCGCGAAAGAUUUGGAGCGUGUAUUAGAAUCAUUGAAUAUUAAUAAUAAUCUUGACAAACUAAAGUUGCAAAGCCUUAAUCAAUUAACUGGAUCAGAAGAUGUUGUAAAACUACCAAAUAUUCAACUAGAUACUGCUUCUACGAUAAGAUUAUUGAAUUUAGAAUCGCGUAUUACAAGAUUAGAGAAAAUAGUUGGACAUCCAAAUACUAAUGAAAAUGUUCCGAAUUAUCCAUUAGUAAGUCAAAUAAAUUCUAUUUCUAGACAAUUAUCUAUAAUUACUCAAAGUGACUCAAUUCAAAACUUACAAGAUAACCUUAAUGACCUUAAAUCACUUAAUAUUAACAAUGAAGAAAACGUAAAUCCAAAAAUAAUUCGCUUGUAUGAAUUUUAUAUAUCAACAUUGCCAAUUAAGAACUAUUUGCCAAAGUUAAUCAACCAAAUUAAUUAUUUGUCGACAAUUUUAACCGAUUAUAAUAACUCUAAGCAUAUAGUGGUCGAACUAGAUUCUAAAAUCAAUACCAUUAGUGAUAUGAUUAAGAGCUGGUCGUCUACAAUAGAUAAAAUUUCUACAAAAUUGGAUCUAUUAAAUGCUAACCUAGUCACACUAAUAAAAGAAAUAAGCUCGGGAAAAGAAUGA